AUAAAUGCCCCAUUCCAGUGAUUCUCAGACCAAAUUCCUAAAUUGAACAAUCAUAUUAAGAAACAACUAGAAAGACUACCUUUGAAGGAUCACUUCUGUGCAUUAAUAACAAUGGGCUUUUACAACAACGUACACCGAGCCAAACAUUUGCAGUUUUUUGCCUCACUUGUUCUUAUUUCUUCAGUGCUUAACAUGUGGAGAGGCACUGAAGGCUGGUCAUACCAUCACUCAGAGAAAAGAAUGAACUGGGAACUUGCCAGAAACUGGUGCAGGCAGCACUACACAGACAUGGUGGCCAUCCAGAAUAAAGAGGAGAAUUAUCACCUAAACAACUUCCUUCCAUCAGCCAAAACAGGAUAUUACUGGAUCGGGAUUCGUAAAAUGAAUGGCAACUGGACCUGGGUGGGAACCAAUAAGCAGCUUUCCCAGAAAGCUGAGAACUGGGCAUCGAAUGAGCCCAACAAUGGAGGAAAUAAUGAAGACUGUGUGGAAAUAUACAUUAAAAGAAUGGUUGAUGCGGGCAAAUGGAAUGAUAUGUCCUGCAGAAAGGAAAAUACUGCACUCUGCUACACAGCGUCCUGCAAAAAUGACUCCUGCAUCAGUGGUCAUGGAGAGUGUGUGGAGACCAUAAACAACCACACAUGUUCAUGCUUUGAGGGUUUCUAUGGAGAAAGGUGUGAGCAUGUUGUAAAAUGUAAACCAGAGGACAUCACCACACCAGAUCAUGGCAGUGUCCAGUGCUCUCAUCCUAAUGGACAAUUCUCAUAUGACUCUCAAUGUGAAUACUCCUGUGAAGAGGGUUAUAAUGUAAAGGGAUCUACUAUGACAAGAUGCACUUCUACAAAAGAGUGGUCAAGCAAACCACCGACCUGUGAACUUGUCCAAUGUCCAGAGCUGACAAAGCUACAGGAAGGCACUUUGCAAUGUCACCAUCCCAAGGGCAACUUCAGCUACCAAUCCACUUGUGAGUUUGGAUGUGAUGAAGGAUACACCUUAGGAGAGUCUAGCACAUCUGCACUGUUCUGUGGGGCCAAUGGACACUGGAAUGAUUCACAAUCCAAUUGUGAAAUUGUUCAAUGUCUAGAGCUGACAAAGCCACAGGAAGGCACUAUGCAAUGUCACCAUCCCAUGGGCAACUUCAGCUACAAAUCCACCUGUGAGUUUGUAUGUGAAGAAGGAUACACAUUUGGAGACUUCAGCUCUUCUACACUCUUUUGUGCAGCCAAUGGACACUGGAAUGGUUCACAACCCUAUUGUGAAAUUGUAAAAUGCAAACCAGAGGACAUCACCACAGCAGAUCAUGGCAGUGUCCAGUGCUCUCAUCCUAAUGGACAAUUCUCAUAUGACUCUCAAUGUGAAUACUCCUGUGAAGAGGGUUAUAAUGUAAAGGGAUCUACUACGACAAGAUGCACUUCUACAAAAGAGUGGUCAAGCAAACCACCGACCUGUGAACUUGUCCAAUGUCCAGAGCUGACAAAGCCACAGGAAGGCACCUUGCAAUGUCACCAUCCCAAGGGCAACUUCAGCUACCAAUCCACUUGUGAGUUUGGAUGUGAUGAAGGAUACACCUUAGGAGAGUCUAGCACAUCUACACUGUUCUGUGGGGCCAGUGGACACUGGAAUGAUUCACAAUCCAACUGUGAAAUUGUUCAAUGUCUAGAGCUGACAAAGCCACAGGAUGGCACUAUGCUAUGUCACCAUCCCAUGGGCAACUUCAGCUACAAAUCCACCUGUGAGUUUGUAUGUGAAGAAGGAUACACAUUUGGAGACUUCAGCUCUUCUACACUCUUUUGUGCAGCCAAUGGACACUGGAAUGGUUCACAACCCUAUUGUGAAAUUGUAAAAUGCAAACCAGAGGACAUCACCACAGCAGAUCAUGGCAGUGUCCAGUGCUCUCAUCCUAAUGGACAAUUCUCAUAUGACUCUCAAUGUGAAUACUCCUGUGAACAGGGUUAUAAAUUAAAGGGAUCUACUACGACAAGAUGCACUUCUACAAAAGAGUGGUCAAGCAAACCACCGACCUGUGAACUUGUCCAAUGUCCAGAGUUGACAAAGCCACAGGAAGGCACUUUGCAAUGUCACCAUCCCAAGGGCAACUUCAGCUACCAAUCCACUUGUGAGUUUGGAUGUGAUGAAGGAUACACCUUAGGAGAGUCUAGCACAUCUACACUGUUCUGUGGGGCCAAUGGACACUGGAAUGAUUCACAAUCCAAUUGUGAAAUUGUUCAAUGUCUAGAGCUGACAAAGCCACAGGAAGGCACUAUGCAAUGUCACCAUCCCAUGGGCAACUUCAGCUACAAAUCCACCUGUGAGUUUGUAUGUGAAGAAGGAUACACAUUUGGAGACUUCAGCUCUUCUACACUCUUCUGUGGGGCCAAUGGACACUGGAAUGAUUCUCAACCCUAUUGUGAAAUUGUAAAAUGCAAACCAGAGGACAUCACCACACCAGAUCAUGGCAGUGUCCAGUGCUCUCAUCCUAAUGGACAAUUCUCAUAUGACUCUCAAUGUGAAUACUCCUGUGAAGAGGGUUAUAACGUAAAGGGAUCUACUACGACAAGAUGCACUUCUACCAAUGAGUGGUCAAGCAAACCACCGACCUGUGAACUUGUCCAAUGUCCAGAGCUGACAAAGCCACAGGAAGGCACUUUGCAAUGCCAUGAUCCUAAAGGCAACUUUAGCUUCCAAUCCACCUGUGAAUUUGUAUGUAAAGAAGGAUACACAUUAAGAAACCCCAGCUCUUCUACACUAUUUUGUGGAAUCACGGGACGCUGGAAUGAUUCGCAGCCCAACUGUGAAAUUGUAAAAUGCAAACCAGAGGACAUCACCACACCAGAUCAUGGCAGUGUCCAUUGCUCUCAUCCUAAUGGAAAUUUCUCAUAUGACUCUCAAUGUAAAUACUCCUGUGAAGAGGGUUAUAACGUAACAGGUUCCAGUACGACAACAUGCACUUCUACCAUAGAAUGGUCAAGCAGACCACCGACCUGUGAACCUCAUCCUGAGGCCUUGGUGACAGAGGUUACUCUUGGGGUUGCAGCUGCUGUCGGUAGCUCUAGUCUGUUUUCAGUCCUCUGGAUACUAAAGAAAUUGAGGCGUAAUGCUAACAAGUUUGACCUAAACAGUAACUCAGAAACUGAGGAUCAUCCUCCGGUAUAUAAGAACAGUAUUGACAGUCUCAUAUAGAGCAGAAAUGCACCAGAAUACACAGAGGACUCGAGCAUUGCUGUAUUGUUGGACACAGAAAUCUACUGUGUGUUAUUGCAUUUCCAAAUAGCACAUUUCACAAGAUCUUCAUUAGAGAACCACACUGAUGGGCAUUAACAGGCAAUUUUCAUUGAAUGUGAUUUUAACUUCCCAAUGGAAGCGUUUACUAUUUACUUGAUUGAGCAUAUUGUUCUUCAUUGUUUUUUUUUUAUGUUAUUACACUAUUUUAUUGUACUUAUUUAAACCGUGUUUGUCUAAUUAAUCUAUUUGACACAAUAA